AUGUCGACAAAGCUUACUAGUAUUCCCGAGCAACUCAACCCCAACCAAUCAAUUCUUGAUAGCGAGAUCCAGCAGAUCACAGCUGAAGAAUUCCAUCGUAAUAUCACCACAGCAGAAACAACCAUACUUGGCUUGAUCAAACUGAAGCUCCCAAAGAGCCUGAAGAGGAAGAUUGAUGAAUGUGCUCAUGACAUCAAGAGCUCAAAAAUAACUUUUCAGCAGACUGGAGAAAUACCUGACGAUGAGGGCAUCCAGAUCAAUCAUGCCCAGGCACCUCGUCCUUCCUUGCAUACUACAGCCUCAGCAUCAACAUCCACAAGAAGACCAGUCAAGCGAAAGAAGGAUUCCCCCUCUUUCAAUCCAGCCUCCCUCUUGACCAACGGACCCAUCUCUGCCAGUUCUGCCAGCCCGAGUGCUCCAGCAAACGUUGAUAGUUCCAAUGCUCCAGCAAUCCCUACCACUUCCUCACUCCCCACCCCUGUAUCGGCAAUCACACCAACUACUCCCGCAGUCGCCCCUGCCGAGACAACCUUUGACAAAAUCUCACAGACAAUCUCUCCUGGUGAAGUGUUCAAACCGGUAGACUCUCCAAGCACCCAGUUGCCUCAAGGUGUUCAAAUCACUCAAGAUCCCAGCCCUCCUGAUGAAAAUCACGGUAUGUUGAUUGCUUGCACUAUCAUUCUCAAUGAGGACUUUGUCAAAGAAAUGUUGCCUACAGCCUGCUUGAGACUGAACACCUUUGCUAUGUACCCAGGUCAACCUCCAGAAGAAGAUCAUCAGUCCUCAGAGAAUCAGCCCGAAGGCUCAUCUGCCAACCUCCAAGUUCCGAACAACCAAAACAACAGCACCACAACUACCUCGUCUGUGCCUCCCCCACCCCCAAAUCCUUCAACCAGUCAACCCCCAGAAUCAACAGACCAACUCACAAAUCUCACGAUCCUCAAGUCAAGCGAUGCAAGAAUUUCAGUCAUCAAGAUCUAUCAGCAUGUUGAUGGUGUGAAGCCCAACUGGGAGAGGUACCAAACUAUGUGGACUGCCCUCUCAAACCUGGCCCAAUUCCGAGCCCAAUCUCUCCAGAACCCAGGACCACACAAUCUCGAUUUUCACUUUGAAAGGACAACCUGUUCAUAUACUUCUUGGAUCAAAACUAUUAGCUCCCUUGCCAAAAACUUCUUAGCUCCAUUGCCAAAUGACCAAUGGAACUGCCCUGAUGUCAUCGAUUUCCCCCUGAUUGUGUUGUAUUCCCAAUUGGAAAAGUCUGGAUCCUCCGAGCCAUUCAUCUCUCCAACCACCAAAACUAUACAUCCCGAGUCCACCAUCAUCCGCUUCCUCCACCGACUUCAAAGUCCACCCCCUGCAGUCAUCUUUGAAUGGGCAAAAAUCAUCGCAGCUUCUGUUGAGGUCAUGGCAUUCAAGCUCUACAGCCCACCUCCUCCAACCCCGGAUACUGAUGACGACCCAAUCAACCAAGGGCUUCAAGUUCUUCAAUGGCUUGAGGGACUGAAGAACUCACUCUCAACUUUUGAAACACCCGGAGAGACCCAACCGACCUCCGCUGCCCCUGAAGGGGAAGUUGUCCUGCGAUCUCAUGCUAUCGAUGUUUUGAAAGACUUCUCAAAGGUCAUAAUCGAUGUUUUCAUGGGCUACAUAAUAUUCCAGGUUCACGCUCUCAGCCCGCCUCCCUUGACAAACAGCCAAAUCAAGAAGCAAGGCCGAUCCCAGCAACCCUCAGCUCCCCAGGAAAAUUCUGCCUCUGCUGUGACUCAAAAAACAACCGGAGGAGCUGUCACGAAAACCUCUACCUCCACCAAGAGACUGAAGUCAAUCCAGUCCCGACAUAACUUCCAGCCCCUUACAUACUUCCUUAUCGGCGGUGUUCGAGGCCUCUUUGUCUGUUCCAGGAAUCACCGUACAUCUCCAGUAUCGGAAUGCAUGUCGUUUAUCCAGGCCAUGGAAGUGAUCACUCGGUGCUCAAAAGUCAACCGAACCCCGGAGGAAACCAUUUGGAAAAACCUCUCUGCAUACAUUGUUGAAAUAUUCCAACCAGCGUUCCAAUCACCCGGCAAAAUAGUCCCCCUUCAAAAAAGGCCAGAUCCACAUGAGCUAGCACAGGCGAUUACAAUCGAUUUUCUCACCCAUUGGAGGACUCAGCAACCCUCGUCUCCGUUUCUUAUUCCCCAUUCACCCCACCAAAUUACUGAAAAAUAA